AUAGUCGUUGGUGGUAUAAUGAGUUAGGACGCGAAACUAAUUACUUAGCCGGAACUGUUUAACCGCUUUAUUAAACCAAAAGCCAUCGCCGGAAUCUUGGAUCUACAAUCCAUUGAUUUCUAAAAACAAAAUGGGGGAGGACGAUAUGCCGAUGGAUGACAAGGCAAAGAGAAUGAGAGAUCUGUUAUCAAGCUUCUAUUCUCCAGAUCCUUCAGUUACCAAUGCUAAUAAUCCUUUCAAAUUUGCUUCCUUAGAUGUCAUCAACACCACCUCCUUCGAUGCAGAUCAGUACAUGAAUCUGCUGGUGCAAAGAUCAAACUUGGAAGGGCUUUUGCAGAAGCAUGUUGAGAUGGCAGCUGAGAUAAAGAAUCUAGACACUGAUUUGCAAAUGUUAGUUUAUGAAAACUACAACAAGUUUAUUAGUGCCACUGACACAAUCAAAAGGAUGAAAACUAAUAUUGUUGGCAUGGAAACGAAUAUGGAGCAGCUCCUCGAUAAGAUAAUGACUGUGCAAUCAAGAAGUGAUGGCGUGAACACUUCUCUUUUCGAGAAGAGAGAACAUAUAGAGAAAUUGCAUCGCACACGCAACCUUCUUCGAAAAGUUCAGUUCAUAUAUGAUCUACCUGCUAGACUUGGGAAGUGUAUUAAAUCAGAGGCAUAUGCUGAUGCAGUCAGGUUCUACAUUGGAGCAAUGCCAAUUUUUAAGGCGUAUGGGGACUCAUCAUUCCAGGAUUGUAAGCGAGCAUCCGAAGAAGCUAUGGACACGAUUAUAAAAAAUCUGCAGGGAAAGCUAUUCUCGGAUUCUGAAUCCAUACAAGCAAGGGCUGAGGCUGCUGUACUUCUUAAACAGUUGGAUUUUCCGCAGGUGGACAGCUUAAAAGCAAAACUGUUUGAAAAGUUAGAACAAUCUCUUGAUGGCCUUCAGCUCACGCAUGAAGAGAUAGCCAAUGUUACGGUUGAAUCUAGUAACCUUUCUGAGCAAGGAAAUAAUACUGAGUCAAUUCCUGGUUCUGCACAUGGUGCUUUAGUUAGUGAGUUUGCUGAAGCUGUUCGAGCUUAUCAAGUAAUAUUUCCUGACUCAGAAAAGCAACUGAUUAAACUUUCUCAAGACUUGAUUACCAAGCACUUCGAGAUCACUUCGGAUUUUAUAAAGAAGUGGAUUCCCAUUGCUAAUUUUCUGGGUGUUCUUCGAAUUAUAUGGAAAGAUGUGCUCCUGAUAGAUAAGGUGUUGCAUGAGGCUCUUCUCCCCGAUUAUUCUUCGAAGGCUUCCCGGAUUGCUGUCAGACAAUAUAUAAAAAGGACAUUUUCUCACCUUCUGCAUGAUAUCUCAGAUGCCCUAACCAAUGUCCAUAUCAAACCAAAGGAGGAAGUGGAUGAGCAUCCUCUGGUGGUUUUCCUGGAGGCAGGCAAAAGCUCAGUGCUUCAAGGGAGCGUGAAUGUCUUACUGGACUUCCGCCAACUUCUCAAGGAAAACUUAGGAGGGCUUCAACUGAGUGGCUUGAUUGUUGAUUGGGUUCAAGAAGGAUUUCAAGAUUUCUUCAGGGCACUGCAUGAUCAGUUCUUCUUGCUUUCAGGGAAAAAUAAAUCUGCCAUUCAAGAUGAAAAUUCCACAAAGGGUAUGCAGGUUGAGAAAGUGGUUCCUGGUCUUGUCCUGGUGCUGGCUCAACUGUCUAUUUUUAUUGAACAAACUGCCAUCUCUAGAAUUACUGAGGAAAUAGCUGCUUAUUUCUCUGGUGGUGGUGGUGGGGCUCAUGAAAAUGGGCCAGCAUUUGUUCCUGGUGAAAUUUGUCGAACCUUCCAUUCAGCUGGUGAAAUUCUUCUACAGCAUUAUAUAAAUAUGAGAACUCAAAAAAUAACGGUUCUCCUGAGGAAGAGGUUUACAGCUCCAAAUUGGGUCAAGCACAAGGAGCCAAGAGAAGUUCAUAUGUUUGUUGAUUUAUUCCUUCAAGAGUUGGAAGCAAUUGGAACAGAGGCAAAGCAGAUCCUACCUCAUGGAGUACUUCGCAAGCAUCGUCGCUCUGAAAGCAAUGGAAGCUCUGCUUCCUCCCGCAGCAAUUCAUUACGGGAUGACAAAAUGAGUCGGUCAAACACCCAUCGGGCCAGGAGUCAACUUCUUGAAAAACACCUAGCGAAAUUGUUCAAGCAAAAAGUUGAGAUUUUUACAAAAACCGAAUAUACUCAGGAAUCUGUUGUAACUACUGUUGUAAAACUCUGUCUUAAAAGUUUGCAAGAAUAUGUUAGACUCCAGACUUUCAACCGGAGUGGAUUUCAGCAAAUUCAAUUGGAUGUUCAGUUUCUAAGGGCUUCUCUAAAGGAAAUUGUUGAAGAUGAAGCUGCUGUUGACUUUUUGCUUGAUGAGGUGAUUGUUGGUGCUUCGGAACGCUGCCUUGAUCCAAUUCCUCUGGAGCCUCCUAUCUUGGAUAAAUUAAUUCAAGCAAAGUUGGCAAAAGAGAAGGAACAGACUCCAAUUUCUCCAUAAUCAGAGGAAGGUCAAGUUGGUGGUUAGAAUGUUUGAGUCAUCAGGAACUGCCAAGUGUAUUUCUGAAGGAAUAAUGAAGUCACAGAAGCUUCUCCGGCAUCCUCCAGCGUAUUGUGGUGGUAAGAUGGUAUGAAAAGGAUGGUAGAUCUUUCUUGAUUCCUGAUAAUGACCAUGCAAACUUCCAUGUUUUUACUCUUGAAGGUGCACCUUUGAUGGUCAUGAUCUGAUUACUGAGUGUUGCUUUUUUGGCUGCGUUGUUGCCGUCCACAAUUCGGAAGGAUGUGAUAUGGUGAGCAUAGGGAAUCAUGUAACCUUGACACACUGUAUAAAACACCGUGCAAUUAUUUCCAUAUUUUUUUGGCAGGGCAUAAAUAGUUUUCAUGCUUCAAUUCAAGAAGUCAAUAUUUUUGUCAAAUUAUGAUACAUCAAAAUAAUUAAUCGGCUCAUUUAUGAGCUCUCAGAA